CAAUGGUACUGUGGAACGGUGCUCCUUUGACAAUAAGUGACGAAACGUUGAUUGAGAAAAAGCAACAGGACCAACACCAUGGGCAAUUUCCGACAUUUUUUAAUCCUUUGUGCAGCAGCAAUUUCAACCGUGUCUCCAAUUGACCUGCCAAAUGCUGUAACAUCGAAACCGAAACAUCCAAAACCUCCAACAACUGCAUCGGGAAAUGGAACGAACAUAAAGGUCACAUCUGACUACGUGCAGUAUAGCGUCAAGGAGAGCGACGGAUCAACAUGCAUUCUCUUUAGAGCUGAUGCUAUGAUAGAGGUACAUUUCAAAUCUCCCAUAGGAAACGACAGGGAUGAUGCCUACUUUCCGGUGAACGCCAACAUUUCGGGAGAAUGUAAUGACGAUGACGGAUUGUUAAGGAUCGUUUGGUCUGGUUACGACCUUAAAUUCAUUUUUAAAAAGACGCCUGGUGGAGAAAGAUGGUACAUAAAAGAAAUCGACCUAGUCGUCGACUCGGCAACGCCUAGAUAUCACGAAAUAAAACACAAAUUAGGAAAAAGUUUCAAAUUGACACACACGACCAUGUUGUUCCUCACUCCCGUCGGAAAAUCAUAUUCCUGUGAUGAUAUAACGGUGAAUUUAGACGUGCCAAUUGAGGACAAAAAUCCUGCUGGGCUACGGGGAGUCCUUCUCCUUAGAAAAUUCCAGUUCGUGCAGCAGGACGUCAAUUUUUGCAACCCUGUUAAUAUUUACGGGGAAAAUUUUUUUUACCACCCAACGGCGUCGUGCGGCGGGCCGACGAAGAGGUACGACUUGGAAGGCGCAUAUUUCAGCAAAGAAUUCGAUAUUCACAAGCUAGAUAAGGCGCUGGGCGAGAAACUAUCCAUAGGAAACGGAAACGACAAAACGGCCGCGGUGGCCUAUCAUCAAGCAGCUAAAGGCCGUGAGUCCUACUGCGGUACGGCUGGCGGUAAAGUAGCGAAUAGUGAACUGGAUGAAAUUUUACCAUUCGUGCAGCAGGACGUCAAUUUUUGCAACCCUGUUAAUAUUUACGGGGAAAAUUUUUUUUACCACCCAACGGCGUCGUGCGGCGGGCCGACGAAGAGGUACGACUUGGAAGGCGCAUAUUUCAGCAAAGAAUUCGAUAUUCACAAGCUAGAUAAGGCGCUGGGCGAGAAACUAUCCAUAGGAAACGGAAACGACAAAACGGCCGCGGUGGCCUAUCAUCAAGCAGCUAAAGGCCGUGAGUCCUACUGCGGUACGGCUGGCGGUAAAGUAGCGAAUAGUGAACUGGAUGAAAUUUUACCA